AUGCUGCGUCCAAAAGACCUGUGUCACGGCUCCGGCACCAAAACUUUCCUGGAGGCAAUGGAGAGCGGCAAAGUUCACCUUGCCCGCUUCGUGCUGGACGCUUUGGACGGUCGCAUCAUCAACUCCAAGGCCGAGGGCGGCCGCACGCUCUUGAUGCACGCCGUGUGCAUUCUGGACAAUGCCACGAGGUCCAAAUUCACCCACUUGCUCUUGGAGAAAGGUGCGGACGUGAACGUUCCAGACGACCAAGGGCGCACGUCUUUGAGUCUGGCCUGUGAGCUGGGAUAUCUGGACGCCGUCAAGCUCCUGGUGCAGUUCAACGCCGACCCCGAACUCAUCGACACCUGGGGCAACAGCGCCUUGAUGUACGCCGCCUGCGGAGGACACGACCACGUUUUGGAGUUCCUGGUCAGGGCGUUUAAGACGUUAGGACUACGGCUGGAUCGCACCAACCACGCGGGACAUUCCGCCAUCCAGGUGGCGGAUUUCUUCGGUCACAACCAGUGCGUCCAAGCCCUCAGCGGCUGCGGAAAGAAGGUCGUCAGUCCCACGGACAGCAGCGGAGAGCCCGCGGAGGAUCUCAGGUGGCCCAAUCGCCUCCCCAAGCAGGUUCUGGAGAAGUUCUCCCGGGUAAAAGCGCACAGCAAAAAGGAAGAAGCCUUUCCGGCCUUGUUUCAGAGACAGCUGCGCGUGGGAGAGAGCAACAGCCUGCGGAUCCGCUUCCGGUGCCCACCGCCGUCGUCCACGGAGAGAAUGGUUACCAAUCACUGCCAGGCCCUGAACAAUAUGUCCGAAAGACGUCCGGCCGAAGACAGACAGGAGCUGUUGUUCACCUCCAAACAGAUUCACAACUCAGUCCUCAAAGAGACCGGCGGAGGCAGACGGGUGGAUUUCUCUUCGGAGCGGUGUCCACCGGUCAAACCUGACACCGACGAAGCGCCGCUCUGGGGAAAAGCCAAAUCCUUCAACCUGGACCUGAAGAGCAGCAGAAAACAAUCUUAUCAGGGCGACGAUCCGGACACGGGCAGAUCGGCCAGCAGAUUCAAAAGAGCAUCUCUUCAGGACGAGAAGCCUCUGGUGGCCAAGUUCUACUCCCAAAUCAAGUCAAAUAAAAAUGAGAGAUUGGAAGGGCUGGAGACAGCGCACAACACCGACAUCAAAUGCAGAAGAGACGUUUCCAAACUGGGCAGACGGAACAAACUUCUCUUGGGUCGGGGGGAGUUGGAGCCUGAGAGGCUGAAAGGUGAAUCUUCAGGUGGUCUCGGCGGGCUGGGAAGCAGAUUACUGCGCAGGUUCACCGCUCCCGAGUUCUUGAGACACAUCCGAGAAUCAGACGCGGGUCAGAAUAAAGGCAAGAUGUCUCGCUCAGAGACCUUUCCCUUGACACGCACACAUCAGAGAGUAAACAGCCAACCCAGUGUGGACAGCAUCAGUGCCGUCAAGUGUGAGUUUCUUAAAUGA